GGGAGUUGCUAGAAGCGCCAUUUAAGCAAGAUGCGGCAUAUUGUUGCAUUGUUGAUUGUUCAAAGCAAACAAAAUUUGUUCUCAGAUUAUAGAAAAUUGGUCAUAUCUUCGUGAUUAUCUGAGACAAUGUUCACGACACGUUAUUGUUAAUAUUUAUUGUAAAUAAUGGGUUUUCCACGAUAUUCUGCUAUAUUUCGACUAACUCGAAAAGCCACGUGGUGCAACAGAGUUGAAGAUGAGGUUACUUAUCGACGACUUUUGUAUUUUGUACAAUAUUCAACGCAAAGUGAUGCAAAGAGAUCCAUAUUAGAAAAUGAUCUUCGAUACAGUCCUUCGUUAAAUCCGAAAAAUGAACCAUUCAUGCAGUCAACGUCUGCUGUUCAAUAUUCUAAUACUUCGCAAGGCACUGCGAGUGAGACAACACAUGAUUUUAAAUCUAAAAAUAACAAUGAGAUUAAGAAUUCAAUGUUAAACCCGUUGAAUCAACCUCUGGAUUUUGAUGAGAUAUUCUUAGAACAUACAAAGCCAGCACAUCCUUUGGAUGAAUGUACUGAGGAUGUUUCACACAUUGCGCCAUACUUGGCUCCCACAUUUAACUUUGCUGCCUAUGCUGAUAAAUCUACUACGCUCCAGGAACUUAUUAAACUUGGUGUAGAUUUGCAUAAAUUAGAUGACAAACCUAUGGUUCAAAGGUUUUUACUUCGUCUAGAUUUUGAAAAGGACAUGAAACCAUAUAUACAAUUUUUACAUGAUUGCGGUGUGUCAGCAGAUACGAUUGGCAAAUUUUUAACAAUAAAUCCUAUGAUUUUUAAAGAAGACAUGGAUAAUCUUCAUACAAGAAUAAGAUACCUAAGAGCACACAAUUUUAAUUUGUCAAACGUGCAAAGAAUAGUCUCCACUAAUCCAUUUUGGCUAAUGUUUAAUACAAAAAGAAUGGACACUAGGCUUGCAUUCUUUCAAACACAGUUUUCUUUAACUGGGCCUGAAGUGAGAACUUUGACAGUGAGAGCACCAAAACUAAUCACUUUUAACUUGUCUAAUGUAAAAGAAGCUGAGUUUGGUAUUCGAGAAGAAAUGGGUUUCAAUAAAGAUGAAACAAAAUCCAUAAUCCUUAUGAAGCCAAGGCUGUUAAUGAUGUCAAGGGAACGUACUGUUGCAAGUUUUGAGUAUGUACACAAUGUAAUGGGAAUAUCACACCAAAUAUUGUCACAACAGCCACACAUUUUAUUGUGCAGAAAAACUAGAAUUGAAAUGAGACAUAAGUUUUUGGCCAACUUAAGAAGAGCACAGUACGAUCCAGAAAAACCAUUGUACGUAUCACCAAAAGCUCUGGUCACUGGAACUGAUGCAGAAUUUUGUCAAGAUGUAGCACAAGUGCCAGUUGAGUUAUUCAAUACAUUUCAAAAGACGUUGUAAAAUACUAAGGAAUUAAUAAAUAAGCUUCACUAAA